AUGGAAGCCUCAAGCUUUGUGGAGCAGGUUGAAGAGAUGACGGAUCUCGAACUGGCAGUCCUACUCAGCCUGAUUGCUCAACACCACUGCAUGAUUCAAGUUGAUGAUGACUUGGUCGACGACCUAGCCUCAGAACUUGCGCUGAUAGUCCGAGAUGUCUUCAAUCUUUCAUAUAUCAUCCUAGAACGCGCAGAUGUGCAAGACGUCGAUCACUUUGGAGAAGCUAUUCUGGCGGAUGAUGAUGGCUCUGGAGACUUGAUGGAUGAUAUGGAGGAUGAUGGUACUGGCAGCCAGGCACGUUUGUCCACUCCAUUCCCAUUCCCCCUCAGCCUCCACCUUCUCUUUCGAGGGGGCCCGCCAUCAUCUCAUAUCGAAGAAUCCCAAUUCGACAGCCGAAAGGUGGUCAACGUGAUCAUUGCGAAGCAUUUCAAUUUCGCCCAUGAGGAUGUCCAGAUCCAGACUCUCGAGUUGAUCCGAAAGCGAAGGAUAUACAGUCGGACGACAGUGCAUCUCGCUCCGAAACUGUUUCUGGUCUUACCUAUCAUUUCUACGUCGUCAAAGGGUAUCCGGUUGAACAAACAUCUUAAUGAUCGCGUCUUCAUGUCCCAUUUCCACGAAGCAGAAGACGGAUUCCCCAACCUCGAAGAAAUGGAGGCGACGACCACCACCACCACCCGCCCUUCCCAGGACAACGAUAACAACUCCGAGACAUCGGCAUCGAUUUCUCAAUCCCCCAGCGUUCAGGUCGUGUCAAACCCUAGGCGGAUCGGCGCAGAGUUAAUCGAACAGCUCAGGGCCCAAGGCAAAGCGGCAACAGUAACUCCCGAGAUCAGGAGAUAUCUUCAAGACAUUGUGGUCUUUCUUCGAAUGGCGAGGGGCGUCGACGGCGGCGUCACACCCUACGCAACAACACUGUUUCUUGCCCUUGCAAAAUACCUCGCACCAUUCCACGGCAUAGAUUAUGUGACACCCGCACUCGUUGCUUUGGCCGCUAAGAAGAUCUACCCUCAUCGCAUCGUUAUCGCGUCCCCAUCUCGAGAACGAAGCACACUAUACGGCACCGAUGUGGCCACGGCUGGAGACCUGCUGAGAGAUCUCGAUCCACAUAAAGUCAUUCAGGAGGUUCUUGAUACGGUUGAUUGUCCAGCUUGA